UGACACAAAUUAAGGAGAUUUCAAAAUUACAAAUCAACCAUCACCAACAGUUCAAGAACUCACAGAAAGUGACAAUGAAGAAGAACAAAUUUCGGAGACAAAGGGAGAAGAGCACACAAAAAAAAAUGAUAAAGAGGACACGUACAGGACGUGCGUAGUCGGUCCAAAAGAAUUCAAAUUUAAGGUCGCAAGAAAAAAUUGGAUAAAAAUAAAGCCGGAAAAGGGAAAAAGACAACUGAGACCCCCAUGGACCGAUAUAUUCUACAAUGAAUUUAGAAAAAGCAACCCAUCGUGCACAUUGGCCUUUAAGUACCAAAAUAUUAGAACACGUGACAGCCGGAAAAAAAAAUCACCAUACCUCCGCGCCACAGCCAAGUGCACGUUUGAAGGUUGUGAGGCGGUUUACACUUUCACCAGGAAAGGCCCACCAAAAUACAACGCAAAAAAGAUUACUGUCAUGGUGACACGGUUUGGGGAAGUCAAACACCUUAAGUCUCAGAGAAAAUGUAGGCCUGCAAGAUACCUCAGGAGAGGAAAAAUAGCAAAAGCAGUAAAAAGUGGUGUGAGCAACUGCUAUUACGAAUUGCUGAAAAACACACCUGUGGAGGAGAUCAUGGCUGGUAACAUAACCAGAAGCCUCACAAAAGACGUGUUAAAAAUCAUAUCUUACGAGAUCAGAAGCGUUGCAAGGCUUCACAAUGACCAAUUGUUGGAGCUAAUGCUCACUCAGAGGAUUAUCAGAGAGAGUGGUCGGCAAACUCGGCAUGCAUCAUCGAACGGCUAUCUGCAGCUCCUCCAGAUUGACCCUUUUGCAACCCACUUAUACACUGAUGCGGGCCUGCAAAUUUUGGCUGAACAUUUGAGAGGACCCAUGCCCACUACCCUAUACCUCGAUGCAACAGGUGGGGUAGUUCAGAAAGUACCCCAUCAGUCAAAAAGAGUUCUCUAUUAUGCCCUGGUUCUGCCUGGAAUGGGCAAGGACAAGCCGCCUUUGCCAGUCGCGGAGUUCGUGACUAACAGCCAUAGUGUUCCAUCAAUAUCGCACUGGCUUAUGGAGUUCAAUAGGAGGCUGUCCCACAUUACCGGGAGAAAAAUUGCACAAAUAGAGACAGAUUACAGCUGGGCGUUGAUGAACAGUGUGCUCAUCUCUUUUAACCACGAGGAUGUCUCUGCAUACCUUUGCAGAGCAUUCGAAAUUGUGUCGGGACAACUCAAAGUCAUUCCAAAAUUCACUGUGCUCCAUUUGUGCUCUGCACAUAUACUUAAGGCAGUCUCCCAGGCCUUUGGGAGAACAACCAGUGACAGAGGCAUAAAGGAGUAUGCAACAUACAGUUUUGCAUACCUGCUGAACUGUACAAGCUUGCCAGAAGCACUUGAGGUUUUCUACCACAUGUGUGUGCUGUUUGAUGCAGAACAGCACACAGACUCAAUCAAUACCAGUGAAAGGUACCUGAAUGGCUGCAUUUUGCAGAGUCAACACAUGGAUAUUGAGGAAACACAAGAGGGGAGCAGGAUCUGUGAUUCCAGUGACCCUUCCAAUGGCAUUCUCGCAAGGUCCCCCUUCAUGCAGGCUUUUGACCUAAGAAGGGAGCAAGCCACAUGUGACGUCCUGUCUGAUGAGGAAGCAGACAAAAACAACAACUACCACUGCCCAGGUAUAAUAAAUGUCUUGCUUAAGACAUACAUGGGCAUCUUUCCCUUGUGGAGUGGUGUACUACUCGCUGAUCUAUCGAGGCACUCUAAAGGAUCUAUCACAAGAGGAACAGGGUGCAAAACACGGGAAACCAACUGCCAUGUCGAACUAUGGUUUAGGUUGGUGAAACACAGCAUUCUGUGCAAAAGAAAAUACCUCAGACCUGCAGAGUUUGUCUCUAAAAUGUUUGCCUCAGUGCAGGGGAGGUAUGUUGAACAUGUGAUUCAACAAAGCCUGCCAAUUGAUGUACUUCAGAGAAACCUUCAAAGCUCUGUUAAGCUGGAAGAUGACCCAGAAGAGCAAUGGUGUAAGAGGGACACCUCUUCUGGCAGUUCAAAGCGCAAGUCAAAAUAUUUCAAUCCUCCAAAAAACAUUCCAAACCCCAAGACCAAGACCAAAAGCAAGAAGAUCAUAAAAGUGGAGCAGAAUCAACGGGUUGAAGAUGCACAAGUAAGUAAUGUGACGUUUUUUUAAAUGACAGGUGUGAGAUAAAGGACAUGAAAUGAAAAUGUUUUUUUUCCUCCUCAUUGCCCUAGGUAGAGACAAUGAGGAUGCAAUAUAAUUAUUAAUAGAACCUCACAUUUCACAUCGUACACUUAAACCAUAGAUCAUAGACCUUAAUUGCUACAUGGAUUUCAAUGUUAAUUCUGACUUUCAGUUAAACUUGCUGUGGAAAAAGAGGGGAACAGAGAUAAUUGUUGCAACCCUGCCAUCCCAAGUGAAGGGUCGGAGCCUCUUCAUCCACCACACUGAUCUACGGUGUCUACGACCCCACCUGUGGUUGACAGGAGAGAUAAUUCAGGGAUUGCUGCAUCUCAGUGCCUUCACGUACAACGUGGUGGACACCAUUUACCUAAUGGAUUAUUACACCGCAGGUGUACUUUUAUUUGGUGACAGAGCUACUACACGUCGCCACACUUUACCUAAGGUAAACUUCGAUAACUUUGACGGAAUCCUGUCAUUUGUCCACGUGAACAAAAAUCACUGGAACAUGCUGUACAUUCAUGCAAAGUCUGGUACUGUGUACCAAAUGGAUCCCUCACCAGCAUCCUCUGAGCUUGAGGACUCUACCCAUGCGGCUCAGAGACUACAGGAAUACUUGAAGAUUAGAAAACAUCAGGGGAAAACUGACUGGGUGGAUGUGAAGUGGAAAGGAGGAGUGAUGCCCCACCCAGUGCAAAUGGAUGGUUGCAGCUGUGGUGUCAUUGUUGUUGAAAUGGCCAGAGCAGUGAUGGAAGCCUUCCCUGAGUUCCCCAAAAUGAACUUCUCAACAAAAAGGAGAGCCAUGGAAGAGGCGAGGAGAGAUAUGGCUCUCCAAGUCCUUGAAUCAUCAGUCUUUGAUGAGGAGACUUGUUCGAUGUGUGGAGCUGACAAGCCCCCUGGACAAGCACCUCCCGUUACAGACUGGAUCCAGUGUGAUAAUUGUGACCGGUGGUUCCAUAACCUUUGCUUGAACAUGGACCAAAAUAAGUUAAAGGAACUCAAGAAAAGGCAAUGGCUGUGUGUUUUAUGCCGAUGACAAGGUUGAGGAAAAUUGUGCCUCGUCCAAGUGCCAGGUUUUGUUUAGAAAUGUGAUUAAAAAAAACGUAAAAGGCGUGUUAACAUCA